AUGGCCUUACACUUGACGCAGCUACAGCGUCUCUCGCUUGUGAUCGGUAUCUCACUUUGCUUCUUCGUUGCUGAAAUUUCUGUUGGAUUUUACACGAAAUCUCUCGCCCUUGUGGCUGACGCAUUCCAUUAUCUCAAUGAUAUCAUCGGGUUUAUCGUGGCAUUUGCUGCCGUGAAGAUAUCGUCGAAGAAGGAAUCACCGAAAGACCUGUCUUUUGGCUGGCAGCGAGCUCGCCUCCUGGGAGCGUUUUUCAAUGGUGUUUUUCUCCUCGCCCUCGGUGUCAGUAUUUUCCUACAGUCUAUCGAGCGCUUUAUCAGCCCACAGGAGGUUGAAAGUCCAAAGCUGGUCCUUAUUAUUGGGUGUGUUGGGCUUGCGCUGAAUAUCCUGAGCGCGUCUUUCCUUCACGAACACGACCAUUCCCACGACACAAUUCCCAGAGGAAGUCUAGACGCAAGCGCUGAGAGCGGGAUAAACGAGGCUUACGCCUUCCAUACCGGCCAUAGACACAAUAACCUUCAAGCUCAGAAGAAGGGAUACGAUCUCGGGCUGCUCGGUGUUUUCAUCCACGUCCUUGGUGAUGCCUUCAAUAAUGUCGGUGUCAUUAUCUCUGCCUUGAUUAUCUGGCUCACCAGUUCUGCCGCCCGGUACUAUGCAGACCCGGCCAUUAGUAUGGCGAUCGCCCUGAUGAUCAUGGGGACAUCUAUCCCCCUCGUGAGGAAUUCAGGUCUUAUUCUGUUGGACAGUGUUCCAAAGGGAAUCGAUCUGAGCGACGUCAAGCACGACCUUGAACUGCUACCCGAGGUUUCCUCCGUCCACGAGCUGCACGCCUGGCGCCUAAACCAGGAAAAGGCACUGGCUUCCGUACACGUCGGCCUGCCCGAUAUUCGCAUCUCAGAGUUCGUGAAGCUGGCCAAGACCAUGAACGAGUGCUUCCACAGCUAUGGUAUUCACUCAGCGAUUGUGCAACCGGAGCUCAUCCAGACAGUGGAGAACACCACGAAGAGGGCUGAAGGGAAGUCCGGAUCCUGUCAGAUCACCUGCGGCUCUUCCUGUGAACUGCUUACCUGCUGUGGCUAA